AUGAAGCAAAGCUAUCGACGAGAGAUGCAAGAGGCAAAAGCAGAGAAGUCGGACAGAAAGAAAGAAGGGCAGGGCGGUCGCCCUGGUUCAACAAAGGCGCGAGAAGGGCCCAGACCCCGUUAUCAACAAUACGCACAGUUGAAUGCUCCUCGAGCCCGUAUAUUACAAGAGGCACUCUCCACCCACAUCUUGCAAGAUCCGCAGAAACGCCCCACACCGUCGGGGGUCGAUAGCAGCAAACACUGCCUCUAUCACCAGAACAUGGGUCAUGAUACCGAAGAAUGCAUGACCCUUAGGGACAAAAUCGAAGAGUUAAUACGGGCCGGACGCCUGAAGAAUUAUGUGAAAGAAUACCGGCCCGAGAGGUCCCUAGUGAGGCGCAAAAGUCCGCGAGGAAGUCCCCGUAGGAGCUCAUCCCGAUACGAAAGGAGGAUCAACCGACGAUAUGACAAUCGGUCAGGCGACAAUAAGAGGACAAGACAUAGAAGCCAGAGCAGGGACGAAGGUGGAAGUCGCCCUCUAAGAGGGAUGAUAAAUACCAUAUCAGGAGGAUUUGCUAGUGGAGGAUCGUCCUCUUCGGCCAGGAAGAGGAGCAUUCGGGCAUUAAGGUCGAUACACGCUGUGGACGUCCCCAAAAGGACUAUGCCCCCUAUAACUUUCUCUGAUGAAGAUUUCCACGUGCCUGAUCUAGACCAAGAUGAUCCAAUGGUCAUUACCAUGGAGGUGGCCAGGUAUGGAGUGAGCAAGGUGUUGGUGGACCAGGGAAGCUCAGUUAACAUACUUUACUGGAAAACAUUCCAGCAGAUGGACAUAUCUGAAGAGUUGAUAGUGCCAUACAAUGAGCAGUUGGUAGGCUUUGCCGGCGAGAGGGUGAACACCAGGGGUUACUUGGAUCUGCGUAUGAGAUUAGGUAUAGGCCGGGGUACCGAGGAGAAGAAGGAGAGAUUCCUGCUGGUUGAGGUGAGUACUUCAUACAAUGUCUUGUUGGGGCGACCAUGUCUUAACUCUUUUGGAGCCAUAGUAUCCACGCCUCACUUGACCGUAAAAUAUCCGACCAGUUGGGGGACGAUAUGCACAGUCUGCGCGGAUCAGAAAACAGCUAGAGAAUGUUACGCGGCUGGACUGAAGAUAUACCCUAAGGAGCUUGCAAGAAAGAGAGCCAAUGGGUCUGAGGUGGCCAUGACUGAUUUGGAUCCCAGAACUAAUACUGAUGACCGCUUAGAACCGAGGCGAGGAGAAGGCACCUGGCGUGGGCGCUGGGUGGAUUUGCAAUUAGAGGUAAAGGAGCGAAUUAACAAUACUUAUAUUUGA